GCUAAGUAUGUCUUUAAUCUUCCAAUUAAGCCCCGGCCCCUGGGCUAUAUAAGGGGCGGAAUCAAUGUGUUUGAUACUCACUAACUACACAGAAUUGCAGUACAAAAAAAAUGGGUUAUUGGUUUCCUUUGAAGGUUUGGUCGAUGGUGAUCAUCAGUUUUUGGGUUUCAAGCUUGAGGCUGAAUUUCACGACGCCUGUGGGGCUUCUGACGAGUCUGAGCAGACAUCACGACAUCAAUACAGGCGAAAAUUUGUCGAGGGUGGAGCUUUUGAGAAUCGGAAUAAAACACGACGCCAAGAGGUUUGGUGCCUGGCGGGCUGCUACUGCUGCGGCGGAGCACGAGGGGAAGGUGAUGAUGUCUGCGAUACUUCCCGCGCCCGAUAACGGGGGGUUCUUGAUGAACCUAUCCAUCGGGACUCCACGGGUGAAUUUGACGUCUCUCAUGGACAUCGGGAGUGACUUGACGUGGAUGCAGUGUCAGCCAUGCGUCCACUGUUAUCCUCAAGACACUCCCAUCUUCAAUCCCAAGAAAUCCACUUCUUUUCACAAGUCCGCGUGUCCACGAAAAAACAAGAAUGACACCCGCGGCAGCUGCCCCCGCCGCAUCAAGUACGACGAUGGGUCGACGGUCGAAGGCUACUACGCCUCAGAGACUUUGACAUUUGAAGGCGGCGUUUCUUUCCCCAACGUCACCUUCCUCUGCGGCCAAAACAAUAGCGGCGGGAUAGGAUUUAACCACAACUCAGGUUUGGUUGGUCUCAGCCGCGGGCGGCUGUCCUUGGUCUCCCAGCUCAACCUCUCCCAAUUCUCCUACUGCUUGCCCGGCCUGGGAAGCAAUUCAACCGGCACGCUUAGACUGGGGGGUGCAUCAUCUACAGCAGGCGGUGGUGAUCAGGUGACUACGACGCCAUUUGCAGAAAUUCCAGCUUCAUCAAACAACUCGGCCAAAUCGCAGUAUUACUAUGUUUCCGUGGAAGGAAUCUCGGUAGGCAAGACACGGCUGUCAUCGGUGCCAAAGGAGGCGUUCCAGCUGAAUCAGGACGGGAGUGGCGGGAUGAUUGUCAACACCGGCACCAGCCUCACUUACCUUCCGACGGCAGCCUUCAAUGCGGUCGUUGAUGAGGUGGGGAGGCAGCUGAAUCUUCCUUCGGACAAUAGUUCCGAUCUACCUUGUUUCACGCUGCCAAAGAAGAGCAAUGGGAUCAGCUUCCCGACGCUGACGCUCCAUUUACAGGGCACCCACGCCGCCGCAAAUCUGAGCAUCCCUGAACAGAAUAUGUUCAUAAUCGAAGAGGAUUUCGGUCGUAACACUACUUGUUUGGCAAUCGGCGACGCCGGAGGUGGAGGGUCGUUUGGGGUUUUGGGGAACUUUCUACAGCAGAAUAUGAUGGUGACCUAUGAUCUGGCCCACAACACUCUUUCCUUUGAGCCAACGAAUUGCAGUGGUCGCCACUCGCCACACUGAUAAUGCCGAGCCCAUAAACGAAUUGAGUUUUAC